AUGGCUUCCGGUCGUCGUCGACGUGUCGGCCGCACAGUCCGUCGCCCUCGUCGUCGCAGCGCGAGCACUCGGUCCAUAGUCGGAGCUGGGCCUCUCCAGGCCAUUGGUGAGAACACGGUCGUGGAUCGCACAGCGGACGAUGCGAUGGACGUGAACGGUAGCAGCUCGCACUUGGGUCUAUCUCCUACCAAUCAAGCGGCUCGAGCGUCACCUAAGAAGCAAAGCAAGAAGCGCGAUACACGGGAAAAAGACAAGAAGAAGAGGAAGCGGCCACAGAAGUCGGCGCUCAUUUGUCCGGAGAAGAAACGCGCGCACCAGCUCGACACGCUGCUGGACGAGCUGGAGACACAAGUGCAGGAGCAUUGUGACGAGCUCGUGGCAGAUGCUGAAAGAAGAGCGCAGGAGCUCGAGGUGGAGCUCAAGAUGCAGCUGCUCAUUAUGCCGGCGGCUGUGCGCCAGAUGCCGUGGAAAACUUUUGUCGACGAUUUUGGUGGAGACUUGCACAAUGCCAUCCACAGCUUGUCCCAGUCACAGUUGUCGUCUUCCCCACAUACGAGUUCCUCUAAGGCUCGAGACGACAUUGUGGCUGCUACGCCCUGCAGCGUCGAGGACCCCGCAGAGAGAUACGAGGUUGAAGAUGACGGUAGCGAUUGCAAUUCGAGGAAUUGCCGUCUGUCAAUGUACACGACGCCAUUGGAUCGACGCCGAGUGAAAACAGUUCCCAGCACUGUACUCCGCCCAGCACGCGAGGGAGAAUUUAUUUACUCAGCAAAAGGCUCCCCGAUCGUCCCCGACACAGUAGCCAAAGCGCCUGCUGGAUCCUUGGUUGCUACGUUUGAGGAAGGGCUAGAGCCAACAGCGUGCUUACGUCUUGACAGCGAGCGUGUCGUCGACUUGUCUCGGCCAGAGGAACUCUCAGCCGAGUCGCGCGGCGAAGCCACAUUCAAGUUGAAGGCGCUUCAGGCCAAAGUUGCACAGCUAUUACGGCAGAUUAAUCCCUGUGCCAGCUAA